CUUUCGGUUAAAAGCUCUCAUCUCUUUUCCGCCAAAUCGCCGCUCACUCCCAUCAAAAGCAAAAUGGAGACGACUCUGCAAAACAAAUGAAAUCAAAGUGAAAAAUAUCACUCAAGGUUGAUCUUGGUGCAUGAUCUAGCACUAGUUCGAGGAUUGAUAUGGAAGGUGUGAACGUUAAACAAGUGGGCCGUCUAUUUGAAAAUAUUAGCAGCUUUCUUCGCCAAUGUAUAUUUUCUGUGCUUUCUGUGGGUCCUGUUCCUAGUCAUAUUGCUUUCAUCAUGGAUGGAAACCGUAGAUAUUCUAAGAAAGAGAACUUGCCAGAUGGCGAUGGACAUAGAGCUGGAUUUUCCGCUCUUAUGAACAUGCUAAAAUAUUCUUACGAGCUUGGUGUAAAAUACGUAACUGUUUAUGCCUUCAGCAUUGAAAACUUCAAACGAAGGCCUGAAGAAGUUGAAUCCCUAAUGAAACUGAUGCAGGAAAAGAUUGAUGAAUUAAUUAAAGAGGAGAGCAUUGUAAACCGCCUCGGGAUUAGGAUAUACUUUCAAGGAAACCUAAAACUUCUGAGUGACCCUGUCAGAUCAGCAGCUGAGAGGGCUAUGGUAAAAACAGCAGGUAAUUCAAAAGCUGUAUUAUCUGUUUGUGUUGCCUACACUUCAACAGACGAGAUUGUGCAUGCUGUUCAAGAAUCUUGUGAAGAAAAAUGGGAUGAAAUUAGAAAACCAGAUGCAGAUAAUGCUGUAGGCAAUUUAAUCAGAGUCGAAGAAAAUGGGAAGUACAAAAAUGAGCAUCGUAUUGGUGUGACAGAUAUUGACAGACAUAUGUACAUGGCAGUUGUUCCUGAUCCAGACAUUAUUAUACGGACUUCUGGAGAAAAUCGGUUAAGCAACUUUCUUUUGUGGCAGAGUGCACAUUGUCUUAUUUAUUCUCCGACUGCUCUAUGGCCUGAGAUAGGUUUGAGGCAUUUAAUUUGGGUAGUUUUAGACUUCCAGAGAAACUACUUGUAUUUGAAGGAGAAGAAGAAGCAGGCAUGAAUUAAAAGUAAAAGCUCUUUAGCAACUUUUAAUCAUGCUGUGGUUUUGUGUUGCAGCUCCAUUUGUUUAAUGCAGUUUUCCUCUAGCAAAUAUUUAAGCCUGGGUUACGACUGCUCAUUAGUGUUCUUUCCCUUUAGAUAUCUAGUAAGUUGUCAGUUGGUGGUAGAAAAAUCAAACGUGUGGUGAAAGGCUGAUGGCUAUAUGGGAUACACCUUGAUAGCAAUCAGUGGAUGCAGUUUGAGCAGUGAGGUCUAGGCUUGCAAAUUGUUGUAUCAAUGAGAAGUUUAUUAUCAUGAAUCAAUUGUUUUACCCA